GCCGGGCUGCAUGGGCAGUGCGAGUGGGGAGCUCGCGCGCCGCGCAAGGCUCUCUCCCGCGUUGCGGUUGCUGGGGCGAUGCUGGAGCGCGGCUCCGGGCUGCUCCACCUGGUGCUCUGAGCGCCGCGCCGGGAGCCCCCAAGGGCGGGCGGCGGUGCGAGCGGGCGGGGGGCGCGGACUGCGGUAGAAUGCGAGCCAGGCUCCUCCCGCGCUGCGAGACGCCGCUCCAGCGCGGUCAGGUGCCGGGAGCCCGCCGCUCACCGCUCCACUAACUUGCCACUUGGUCGCCUCUGCCCCCCGAGGCUCUCUGCGCUUCGGGGAGGAGGGGGCAAGGGGAGAGGGGAGUUAGCGGGUCUGCGGUAGCCGGAGGAGAUACCGUACACUGGGGGAGCUGCUUGCCGCCGCGCUACUUCCCCUCCCCGACGCUCCCCUCCCCCCACCCCGUCGCUCUGCCUUCCGCCAAUUCUGGGAGAGAGACGGGCGCCUGUGACAUGAGACCGCUGCCAAGUGACGGUCCCCGAGUCUGAAGUGCCCGCGAGGAAGUGAGCGCCAACGCGGGCCGCCAGCGAUGACAGCCAUGAAGCAGGAGCAGCAGCCCACCCCGGGGGCCAGGGCGAGCCAGGCGCAGCCAGCGGACCAGGAACUGGGAAGUAACAGCCCUCCACAGAGAAACUGGAAGGGAAUUGCUAUUGCCCUGCUGGUGAUUUUAGUUGUAUGCUCACUCAUCACUAUGUCAGUCAUCCUCUUAACCCCAGAUGAACUCACAAAUUCAUCAGAAACCAGAUUAUCUUUAGAAGACCUCUUCAGGAAAGAAUUUGUGCUUCAUGAUCCAGAAGCUCGAUGGAUCAAUGAUACAGAUGUGGUGUAUAAAAGCGAGAAUGGACAUGUCAUUAAACUGAAUAUAGAGACAAAUGCUACCACAUUAUUAUUGGAAAAUACAACUUUUGUAACCUUCAAAGCAUCAAAACAUUCAGUUUCACCAGAUUUAAAAUACGUCCUCCUGGCAUAUGAUGUCAAACAGAUAUUUCAUUAUUCAUAUACUGCUUCAUAUGUGAUUUACAACAUACAUACUAGGGAAGUUUGGGAGUUAAAUCCUCCAGAAGUAGAGGACUCCGUCUUGCAGUAUGCAGCCUGGGGUGUCCAGGGACAGCAGCUGAUUUAUAUUUUUGAAAAUAAUAUCUACUAUCAACCUGAUAUAAAGAGCAGUUCACUGAGAUUGACAUCUUCUGGGAAAGAAGGAAUUAUUUUUAAUGGCAUUGCUGACUGGUUAUAUGAAGAGGAGCUUCUGCAUUCUCACAUCGCCCACUGGUGGUCACCAGAUGGAGAGAGGCUUGCCUUCCUGAUGAUAAAUGACUCACUGGUGCCUAACAUGGUUAUCCCUCGGUUUACUGGCGCAUUGUAUCCCAAAGGGAAGCAGUAUCCAUAUCCAAAGGCAGGUCAAGUGAACCCAACAAUAAAAUUAUAUGUUGUAAACUUAUAUGGACCAACUCACACUUUGGAACUCAUGCCACCUGACAGUUUUAAAUCAAGAGAAUACUAUGUCACUAUGGUUAAAUGGGUAAGCAAUACCAAGGCAGUGGUAAGAUGGUUAAAUCGACCUCAGAACAUCUCCAUUCUCACCGUCUGUGAGACCACUACUGGUGCUUGCAGUAGAAAAUAUGAGAUGACAUCAGAUACGUGGCUCUCUAAACAGAAUGAGGAGCCUGUGUUUUCCAGAGAUGGUAGCAAAUUCUUUAUGACUGUUCCUGUUAAACAAGGGGGCCGUGGAGAAUUUCACCACAUAGCCAUGUUCCUUGUGCAGAGCAAAAGUGAACAAAUUACUGUGCGGCAUCUGACAUCAGGAAACUGGGAAGUGAUAAAGAUCUUGGCAUAUGAUGAAAAUACGCAGAAAAUUUACUUCUUGAGCACAGAAUCUUCUCCUAGAGGGAGGCAGUUGUACAGUGCUUCUACUGAAGGCCUAUUGAAUCGCCAAUGCAUUUCAUGUAAUUUUAUGAAAGACCAGUGCACAUAUUUUGAUGCCAGUUUUAGCCCCAUGAAUCAACAUUUCUUAUUACUCUGUGAAGGUCCAAGGGUCCCAGUGGUCAGCCUGCAUAGUACGGACAACCCAGCAAAAUAUUUGAUAUUGGAAAGUAAUUCUGUGCUGAAGGAAGCUAUCCUGAGGAAGAAGAUAGUAAAGUCAGAAAUUAAAAUCCUCCAUAUUGACGACUAUGAACUUCCUUUACAGUUAUCCUUUCCCAAAGAUUUUAUGGACCGAAACCAGUAUGCUCUUCUGUUAAUAAUGGAUGAAGAGCCUGGAGGCCAGCUGGUUACAGACAAGUUCCACAUAGACUGGGAUUCUGUACUUGUCGACACAGAUAAUGUUAUUGUAGCAAGAUUUGAUGGCAGAGGAAGUGGAUUUCAGGGCCUGAAAAUUCUGCAGGAGAUUCAUCGGAAGUUAGGUUCAGUGGAAGUAAAGGACCAAAUAGCUGCUGUGAAAUUUCUGCUGAAACAGCCAUAUAUUGAUUCCAAAAGAUUAAGCAUUUUUGGAAAGGGGUAUGGUGGCUAUAUUGCAUCAAUGAUCUUAAAAUCCGAUGAAAAGCUUUUUAAAUGUGGAUCAGUGGUUGCACCCAUCACAGAUUUGAAGUUGUAUGCUUCAGCUUUCUCUGAAAGAUACCUUGGUUUGCCAUCUAAGGAAGAAAGCAUGUACCAGGCAACCAGUGUGCUACACAAUAUUCAUGGUUUGAAAGAGGAAAAUAUAUUAAUAAUACAUGGAACUGCUGACACAAAAGUUCACUUCCAGCAUUCAGCAGAAUUAAUCAAGCACCUAAUAAAAGCUGGAGUGAAUUAUACUAUGCAGGUCUACCCAGAUGAAGGUCACAACGUAUCUGAGAAAAGCAAGUAUCACCUGUACAGCACAAUCCUCAGAUUCUUCAGUGAUUGUUUAAAGGAAGAACUAUCCGUGUUACCACAGGAACCAGAAGAAGAUGAAUAAUGGACCCUAUUUAUACAGAACUGAAGGGGAUACUGAGGCUCAAUGAAACCUAACCAAGGGAAUGUCAUAAUGUAGAUGCUCCAGAAUUUCAAUGGCAGCUUAAGGAGAUGACACUGGAACAGCACACUCAGAGACAAUGAACUAGAAUUUGAAUAUGGAAGUCCAAGUCUACUGUGUUACCAAGGGUGCAGAACCUGUUUCUUUGUAUAAGGAAGGUCUAAGGGUUGGUUUCCUGGGAGAAAUUAGUUUUACAUUAAAAUAGCAGUAGUGCAUGUUUUAUUCUGUUUUCCCCCGUUUGUUCUGUAACUAGUUGCUCUCAUUUUAAUUUCAAUAGCCACCAUUACUUUUGCAUAUGAUGCACAACUUCUCAUCAUUACUAUAGUCCCUGAUCUUGAUGGCUGAGCUGCAAUCUAACACUUUACUGUACCUUUACAAUAAGUGCAAUUCUUUCAUUGUCUAUUAUUAUGCUUAAGAAAAUAUUCAGUUAAUAAAGCAGAGUAUUUUAUGUAAUUUCUGUUUUUAAAAAGGCAUUAUUAAAUGAGUCAAAGGACAUGUAGAAAUAUGGAUUUCAGCACCUUCCAAAGUUCAGCAAGUUAUCAGUAGAUACAUUAUCUUUUAAUCAACACACGAGUGUAUGUCUCACAAUAUAUAUACGCACGUGUGCAUAUACAAUCAAGGAAUUUAUCUUUACAUGUUAUCCAUAGUAUAAAGAGCAAACUUUUGAUGAAUUAGAAGAGAUGCUCUUUUACAGAUAAUAAUGGAUACUUUGUUUAAUGAGCCAAAUAUGAUAAGACAUUUUUUUCCAAUUCAGAUUCUAGCUAUUGCUUUCCUAUAAAUGCUUGGGUUGUGUUUCCUAUUGUUUUUAGUGGUUAAUAGUUUUCUAGUUGCAAUUUAAUUUUUUUGAAUAUAAUACCUUGUCACAUGUAAAUUAGAUACUUAAAUAUUAAAUUAUAGUUUCUGAUAAAGAAAUUUUGUUAACAAUGUGAUGCCACUGAGUGCUAUUUUGCUCUUUUGGUGGAGAAAGGUUUUUUAAAAACACUUGGUCCUUUUACUUCUAUCUCUUAAGUGCAAAAUAAUUUCUUAUUUUCAUUGUAAAAGCAAAGACCUCGAUUACUUAAUUUUCCAGUUCCUAUUUAGUGCUCUGUGCCUGCCCAAUUCAUCUGUUACUCUUUAAUUUAAAUCCUCUGGUGAAAAUUAGGAAUGAAAUAUGUUUUAUUCACUAGCCAAACAUUCACCAACAGUAGUGUUUGCUAUUUAAUUUGACUUGAAGGCACAAAAUGCAUCAAUUCCUGUGCUUGUUGAUUUGCAGUAGUAAGUAACUGAGAGUGUAAAAUAAACUUGACUAUAUGAAGUCAAUUUAACUCAUGAGAAUAUUAACUUUGCUGACUAAAGUAAGAGUCUCUUCUUACAGCAUGUAAGGGAUCUUCCAGAAGAAUCUGAAAGUCUGUAAUCACACUUUGAAGUUCACAAAAAUUAGACAGUAUACUGUUUUUCUGUUUUUCAAAAAGUCUCUUGCAUAGUCUAGAUUAUAACCACAUCAGAACACCAGGAGGAAAUUUUAAAAUGUCAAGAAAUUGCUCAACACCUUCCUGUUUUGUUGAAGGAUCACCUGCAAAUACUUGGUAUGUGGAAGCGUAAGAAUCACUGAUUGAGUAUUUACACUUCUGGAUGCUUACUGUUUGGGAUUGUGUCUUCACUGCUCCGUUGGGAUCGAUUUAAAAUGGGAUAGGCUCUCUCUUGUGAAAGACCAGUUUUAGGUCUUCCAAUAAUAUUAAACCCAUUUUUUAACAGAAUAAGUUGUAAUGUUUAAAAGGAAAGUUUCACCUAUUUUAUUAAGAUGGAAAUUUCUUUUUAGGCUGAUUUGAAGUCCAACUGAAGCUUUUUAAUCAAUAUUUUAAAUUUCAACCACUAGAAUUUUAUAUGAUGCAAAUAAUUAUGUUGUCUGAAAGAUGUGGUUUUCUGAAUGUCCAUGUGAGUAACAUUUAAAAAGUAUUUACCUCUUAAUGUUCAUCAUUUCUCUUGUUUUAUUAUUAUUAUCAAUGUUUAUCUAUUUUUCCAUUAAUUUAAUACAGUUUCUAAUGUGAAACACAUUUGUCUGGGACCCAGUUUCACCUUAAAGGCUAAAUACUCUUAGAAAUCAAAUGAAAAAUACUACUUAGUAAGAGAGUAAAAGAUUUUAUCUCCAUGAUUCUUUGAGUUUGAAUGCCCACCAACACAUAGUUACCAAUUAUUAAAGGAGACGUGUUUUUUGGAAUUGUGUAUAUUUGAUCUAAAUCAUAAUUCCACUAUUUCACACAUAUUUAUGCAUAUUAAGAUUUUUCCCAAGAUUCCAAUAACAAACUUUCAAAAUUAUUUUUUAUAAUUAAAGAUAAGGAAAAAUUAUAUAAUAAAACAUAUGCAGUAUUUAAUCUUCCACAGAAAUAAUAACAUUUUAAAAGUAUAUUGAACAUGUAUUUUUUUCACUUUGCUUCUAGUAAAAGAGUCUCCAACUAAAAAUCCAGGGACCAAGGAGGCCACACUGAUCUAUUUUGAGUUUCCCGGCAGAACUAGGGCAAGGAGAUGCUCUUCCAAAGAGAAAUUUCAGUUUAUUCAAAGACUCUGUUUUAAUUAUAGCUAGCAUAGAAAUCACCUGUGAGCAUCUCUCAGUGUAGAUCUACUAGAAGGAUACAACUUAAACAUCAGUCUUGACCAUACAGAAUCAUGUAAUCCAUUGCCAUUCAAAUAACAGGUUUUAAAACAGAGUUAUCUACCAAGAACUGAUUUCCACUCAAGUCUUUAGGUUCAUUGAAUACAUAUAGAUUCUAAAAGAAUAAUGUGUGAAAUAUUAUUCAUCCUUCUUUACAUGCAACAAUUGCCUUCACAUCAUGCAAUAACCAGAAUUGCGAAGUGCGCACCUCAGCUGUGUUUCCUAUCUUUCAUUUUAUGGUCUGUGAAUUCUCUGGCUACCUAUUAAAACCAACAGAUUUAUCACUGAUACAUUACGCCCCAGUGUAAGAGUGUUAAUACCUUAACUGUAAUCUGGUUAAUGGAAGACUGUAGUAGGUUGACUAUAUUCUUCCCUCAGCAUUCCACACAAUCCUCAGAAGGUUCCAUGAACCCCAGUUGCCUAUAGGUGUGUAAGUGUUCCCUCUUUCCAGUUUAUUCUUCCCAACUUCUCUCUCCUCAUUCCCUAGAAUCACUUUGCAGAAUAAAUGACACAUAUACCAGAUGUGUGCUGAAGCUGGGCUUUCUGGGAAACCCAUUCUUUCCCACAAGAGUUUAUCAGUGUAAAUGUUACAGAAAGAAGAAAUAAAAUAAAAAUUAAAAAUGGUUGCUUUUAAAAAAUUGCUUCCACCUAAAAUUUAUUGAAUUCUUACCAAGUGGCAAGCAUUUGUUACAUUCUUUAUAUUCUUAUAUAAAAGGCUUAGUAGGUCACUGUUUUGGACUAUGAUUCUGAACUGAUACCCAACAUGCCAAACUGAAAACCAAAGUGGAGUCACCCUUGCUAACGUUUCAUCUCCAAACUGAAACUAAGCUGUUUUCUAAUAUUUUGAGAAACCAACAGAGGUAAACAGCCAACUUUCUCCAAUAAUCCAGUUUCAAUUGGCCUGAUAAUGAAGUUCCCUCUACCUUAGUCUUAAUCAGGUCACCUGAGGUAGCCUGAUGUGAGCCAAUCAGUUAUUAUUAUUUUUUUAUAAUUUGAUAUGACCAAUCUGUUCUUUGUUCUUUGUGCUGCUUUUUCAGGCCUUUUCUGUUGAUAAAAACAACCUCUUCUGCAAUGCUCAUUGAAACACUUGUUCUAUUCUAUGGAAUGAAGUGUUGCCUAAUUCUAGAAUCAAAAAUAAAGCCAAUAGAAAUCUUUAACCUAAAUUGUUGUAAUUUUAGUUCUUUGAAAGAUUGCAUUAUCAAGUUGAAUCUUCUCAACAGGCCCUGAAACAAGGAUUGUGAUUCUUAUUUUGGAGAUAAGGACUCUGCAUCUCAAAGAACUAUGGAAUUUAUCCAAAUUCACACAAGUAAUAAGUAAACAAACUAAAACUCACUCUAACCAACUCAGAAGUAAACUAAAACCUGACUCCAACUAAUUCAGAAGUUUAUGAUCUCAGUCUUCAUGCCUAUGGUACUUCUAAAAUAAGGAAAGGUUUAAUCCAGAAAAAUCUUGUCUGAGAAAAGAUUCUGUAUAUUUAACCAUAAAGCCUCAGAUGAUUUUUUAGAAUGAUGAUUAUCAAUAAUAGGGGUAAAGGUUAUGGCAUAUUUCAAGUCACAUGAAUUAUCUAACACCAGGAGAAUAUAUACAAUAAUAAACCGUCUGUUUUGUUUCUGGGAAAGUAUGUGAGUGUUAUUCCUAUCCAUGAAAACUCUUGUUCGCAGGACUUUUACUGUAUUCUUUGGCAGUCAGUAAAUGCCUUGCUCAGGUGUAACAGCAUUCCAAAAUUAUUCCAAGAGGCAUUCUUAUACUACAAAAGCAUUAUGUUCAUCAAAAUACCCAAGCUUGUGAAUAUGAAAGCCUCAUAUAUCCUAAUACCACAAAUCCAGAAAAGAUAUUACAGUAUUUGGACUAUAGUCCUAUUUAUAAUUUCAUUUAAGAAAACCACAUUACCUACCCCUUUUUACCACCAUACGAAUUGGCUUUGAUUUUCAACUGAUCAGUCUGCUAACACUUUUAUUUCUUUUGGUGACAGUUUAGCAAUAGGCGAAAAAGUCUGUGAAUUCAAAAACUUCCUCUGUCAUCAAAGAUGAGGUCAACAGAUUUUAAGACAGAAGUAGGUCAUGUCUAAGUACAAUGUAUAUUAUUUUUCUUUUAGACUUUCUGCUCAGUUUGUAAGCAUCACAAACUUUAGUUACAAAUGUUCAGUUCCUAGGAAAUUAUCUGUGUUGAUACCCUAACCUGCCCACUUCUAUCAGAUGGAGCACCGUUUGAACUCAGUUAUACUUGAUAGGACUGAAGCUUGAUAUUGUAGACUCCCAUCCUGCCAAUAAUAAAGUUUCUUAUUAAAGUAUCAUAUUAAAGGAACUUAUGUUUUUUACAUGCUUAGGUUUCUGGACACAAAAUCUCAAGUAGCUCUCAAACCAACUGUGUGAGAUGGAUAUUACUAUUUUUUGGCAUAUCUCAAUUCAGAGAAGUUAAACAAUUUUCCAACUUUGCCAAAAUAGUGUGUAAAUGAUAGAAGCCAAAUCUGAAGUCAGACUUUGAUCAUCUCAAAUCCUCAUAUACAGUUAGAACAGCAAUACAUUUGUAUAGCUGGAGAAUUGCUAAAGCUUAUCAUGCAUAUAUUUAGGUUUGAUUCAUCUUUUUGGUCACUCACUCUUUAUUCAAAAGUGUCAAGUUGUGUAAGUAUCUGAAAACAUAAUUUAAAGUGGCUUAAAUCCUUGUAACUUAGUAUAUACAUGACUUAGAGGUCACCUAGGUGUUAUUUGUUACACAAAUUAUCAGCCAGGACCCUGGAUCUCCUGAUUCAGAGUCUGAAUGUUAACAAGGCCCUCAAGUGAUUCAUAGUGAUGCUAAAAUUUGGGAAGCACUGGCUUAAAUAAUAACAUUUAUUGACUCCCAUCACAACAGAGAACAUGGUGCUUCCAGGGACAGUUUAACAGAUGAAUAAUGGAAUCAAAACUGAGUCUUUUCCCACAUUAACACGUCUUAAACUUUAGGCCAUUGUUUGUUCCAUACAGUGUCUACUAAUUAAAACUACCACUGACCACUGCCCCAGUCAAUAUGUCCUUGCAUAAGGGUGUCCAAUAUUAGGUAAUCAAGGGGGUAACACUCUCCUACCUAUAUUUAUUUUUCUUUUUAAGUUUUGGAUUAGCAUGUGAUACUUGAAUAUUUUAAGAGUACAGAGCCAUAUUUCAAAACAUAAAUGCAGCAUAAAAUGAUAAUACCAGAAAAUUUGCAUUUGCAUUUCCUUUUCUCUGUAUUUGGGGCUUACUAGCUCCUCUUUUCUAGUUCUUUAUAUGGGUGAUUGUGCAUAUUAUUAUUAGCUAUUCCUACCAUACUACACUGCAAAACACCAGAAACUGUUACACUACCCUACUGUGUUUUGGUCCCCAUUAUCCAACUUCUCUGACUCUAACACCCCAAUUCUUCCCAUCAUUGAGAAAUAUAAAUUUUAAAUUCAGUUUUUAUAUCUAUCAAUCAUCUAUCAUUAUAUUUACACAUAUCUAUAUCAUAAUAUGAUUUUCACAUAUGAGACAGAAUAAAGAGUAUUUGUCUUCUUCUGUCUGGCUAUUUCAUUUGAUAUAAUGAUCUCUUGUUCCAUCUAAUAUCUUGCAAAUGACAGAAUUUCAUUUUCUGUGACUGAAUAGUAUUUCAUUGUAGAGGUGAGUAUUGUGGUACAAUGGGUUAAGUCACCACUUGGGACAUCUGUUUCCCAUAUCAGACUGAUAAGUCUGGCUGCGCUGCUUCUGAUCCAGCUUCUUGUUACUGUACUUGGGAAGGCAGCAGAUGACAGCUCUAAUACUUGAGUCACUGCUACUCACAUGAGGGAGUUCCGGGCUCUUGAUUUUGAUAUGGGUCAGCCAAGCCUGUUAUGAGUACUUCGGAAGUGAACAAAUGGAUGAAAGAUCUCUCUCUUUCUAUGUGUCUCUUCCUCUUUCUGUCACUCUGCCUCUCAAACAAAUAAACAUUAAAAUACAUGCUUUAUAUUUUCUUUAACCACUCUUUUAUCCAUCACCAUGUAGGUUGAUUCCCUGUCCUGGCUAUUGUAAAUAGUUCUGCAAUAACAGAGGAGGGAAGAUUUUCCUUUUAUACAUUGAUUUCAUUUCCAUCAGAUAAAUAUGAAAAAGAGGAUUAGCUGUGUCAUUUUAUAAUUCUAUUUUCAGUUUUUUGAGGAACAUCCACACUGUUCUCCAUUAUGACUACACUACUUUGCAUUCCCACCAACAGUUUAUAUGGAUUUUAUUUUCUCCACAUCCUUCCAACAUUUAUUAUCUCUGUCUAUCUAUUUAAACUAGAGUAAUAUGCUAGUUCAUUGUAGUUUUGAUUUAUAUUUUUCUGUUGGGUAAUGAUAUUGAGCACUUUUUCAUUUUCCAUUUUUUUUGUAUUUUUCUGUCUUCCUUUGUGAAUAGCUUAUUCAGAUCCUUUGCCCAUUUCUCAAUUGUAUUGGCUGUUUUUGUUGUUGUUAAGCUUAAGGAGUUCCUUAUACAUUCUUGAUAUUGUUUCUUUGUCAGACACAUAGUUGGCAAAUAAUUUCUCCCUUCCUGUUGGUUGUCUCAUCACUGUGUUGAUUGUUACUUUUGCUGUGCAGAAGCUUCUCAAUUUUAUACAAUGCUUGAGUCUAUUUUUAUUUUGUCACCUGUGCCUGUGGGGUCCUAUAAAAAAACUGUAUAUACCAGUAAUGUUUUGAAGUAUUUUCUCUAUAUUAUCUUCUAAUAGUUUGAGGUCAUAGAUUAAGACCUUUGAGGAGCUGGCACUGUGGUUUAGCGGAUAAAGCUGACGCCUGCAGUGCUGGCAUCCCAUAUGGGCACUGUUUUGAGUACUGACUGCUCCACUUCCAAUGAAUCUCUCUUCUAUGGCCUGGGAAAGAAGUAGAAUAUGACCCAAGUCCUUGGGUCCCUGCACCCGUGUGGGAGACCCAGAAGAAUCUCCUGGUUCCUGGCUUUGGAUCAGCGCAAUUCUGUCUGUUGUGGCCAAUUGGAGAGUGAACCAGUGGAUAGAAGACCUCUCUCUCUCUCUGCCUCUCCUUCUCUCUAUAUAUAACUCUGGCUUUCAAAUAAAUAAAUAAGUCUUUAAAAAAAUCUUUAAUCUUUGAUCCAUUUUAAGGUGCUUUUUUACAGGGUGAGAGGUUGGGGGUUUGUUUUAAUUUUUACAUAUAGAUUCUAAGUUUUCUCAGCAAGAGGAUUCUGUCUUCGCGCCAAUUUGCAUCAUCAGUGUCAUGUUGUUUUGGUUAAAAUAACUGUAUGGUGUAUCUUGAAAUUUAGUAUUUUGAUAUCUCCAUCUUUGUUCUUUUUUCUUUUUUUAUAAGAUUUUUUUUUUUGAUAGGCAGAGUGGAUAGUGAGAGAGAGAGACAGAGAGAAAGGUCUUCCUUUUGCCGUUGGUUCACCCUCCAAUGGCCGCUGCAGCCGGCGCACCGCGCUGAUCCGAUGGCAGGAGCCAGGCACUUAUCCUGGUCUCCCAUGGGGUGCAGGGCCCAAGUACUUGGGCCAUCCUCCACUGCCUUCCCAGGCCACAGCAGAGAGCUGGCCUGGAAGAGGGGCAACCGGGAAAGAAUCCGGCGCCCCGACCGGGACUAGAACCCGGUGUGCCGGCGCCGCUAGGUGGAGGAUUAGCCUAGAGAGCCGCGGCGCUGGCCCUUUGUUCUUUUUCUUCAAGAUAGCUUUGCUAUCUGACUGUGGUGUUUUCAUAUGAAUUCUAGGUAUUUUUCUUCUAGUUAUGAUAAGAAUGUUGAUAUUUUGAUAAAGAUUUUGUUGAACAUGUAAAUCACUUUGGGUAGUACGAAUAUUUUAAUAACUUUCUUCCAAUUCAUGAGUAUAGGAUAUUUCCAUUUUUAUGUGUCUUACUCAAUAUCUUUCAUAAUAGUUUUGGAUUUUCAGGGUAGAAGUCUUUCACAUACUUGAUUAAUUACUCCAAGGUAUUUCAUCUGCAUAUUAUAGCUGUUGUGAAGGAGGUUGCUCUUAUAGUUUCUCUCAAUGGGUUUUUUUUUAAAGAUUUAUUUAUUUAUUUGAAAGGCAGAGUUACAGAGAGUCAGAGGCAGAGAGAGAGAGUUCGUUCUUCCAUCCACUGAUUCACUCCCCAGGUGCCAAUGCUGCACUUAUCUGAAGCCAGGAGACAGGAGCCUCUCUGGGUCUCCAACGUGAGUACAGGGGCCCAAGGACUUAGAGCAUCCUCUAAGGUUUUCCCAGGCUGUAGCAGAGAGCUGGAUUGGAAGUGGAACAGCAGGAUUCAAACUGAUUCCCUUAGAGAAUGCUGGUAUGUCAGGUGGCAGCUUUCCCUGCUGUGCUACAGUGCUGGCCCCUCUCAGUGGAUCUUUUGUGUGUGUGUGUGUGUAUAAAAAUGCUUUUGAUUUUUGUUUAAUGAUUUGAUUCCUGCAACUUUACUGAAUUAUUGUUUCUUAUAUAUCAUAAUCUCUUGAUUGAAACUUUUGUUUUCUCUAUAUAAAAGUAUGUCUUGUACAAAGAGACGUGACUUCCUAAUUGUAGAUUCAUUUUAUUUCUCUGUCUUUCAUUGUUACUAAAACUCCAAUACUAUAUCGAUGAGGAGCAAUCAGAGUGGACAUCCUUGUCUCAUUUCAAAUGUCACAGGAAAUGCUUUCAUCUUUUUUCCAUUCAGUAUGAUCUUGAUUAUGGGCAUGACAUAUAUAUCCUUCAUUCUGUUGAGGUAUAUUCUUUCUAUUCCUGAUUUGUUCAAGACCAAAAUAGAUGUUGAUUCUAAUGAGUGCUUUUUUUGCAUCUAUCAAGAUAAUAAUUUGAGUUUUAUGCUUCAUUCUGUUGAGGUGAUGUACUGCUUUUAUUUAUUUGAGUAUGUUGAACCAUUUUUUAUUCCUUGGAUAAAUCCCACUUGGUCAUGCUGAAUGAUCUUUUUGAUAUUUUAUUGUAUUGGAUUGGCUAAUAAAUUGUUUAGAAUUUUUCCGUC